AACUCAAUUGUGUAUGUGUGUGUGUGUGUCUGUUGGCUAGCUAACUCAAUUCUGAUGGAGAAGAGCAAGUCUUUGGGUGGAUAUGCAUCAUGUCAAUACGCGGACAUGCGUCUAGGGUUAGAAGACCGAGCCAACUCCUAUAGCUUCAACGGUCCAAACGACAACCCGGAGGUGAAGAGGAGGAAACGUGUCGCCUCUUACAACAUGUAUUCAGUAGAAAGAAAGCUCAAAUCUUCGCUCUCAAACAGUUUUAAGUGGAUUAAGGGAAAACUUUCUCACAACUUCUACGAAUCUUGAUUCAUCGAUCUAUUUCGAGUAGUAAUCCUAUUAUAUUAUCAUUGUGAUCUUGAAUCAUCAUCAUGUUGUGUGGUAUAUGAGUGUAUGUUAUUUACAUGUUGAGAACAAAAUAAGAUCCAAUAAUUAUGAAGAAGUGGGUAAUUAAUGUCUUUUUGAGAUGGUGGA